ACUGGACAAAAUACGCGUCUUUUAACAUCUAAGGGUUUUUUUCCUAAGUAAAUGUAAGAGAACUCCAGAAGUGAAUCUGGCUGGAUUUUGCUGGUUGGAUAGAAAAAGUUCCUUCACCCCUAAAUCCCAGGUGCAUACAAAGCAAAGGUCAGGAUUGUUUACCAGUAGAGGAGCAUGCCUUUAUUCCCAGCCCUGAGCUGUGCCACAGUCCAACUCUCCAACGCCCUGGAAAUCCCAAUUCUUGGAUUAGGUACUUCUCAUAAUGGCGGAUACUCCCAUGAUGCCGUUGUGUACGCUCUCACUGAGUGUGGCAUUCGACACCUUGACACAGCAAAGCACUACGGCUGUGAGGAGAAGCUGGGCGAAGCUAUCAAAGAGAGCGGGCUCCUACGAAGUGAUCUGUGGCUCACCAAUAAACUCUGGCCUGGGGACUAUGGAUACAAAGCUGCAAAAAAAGCCUGCCUGGACUCCUGCACAGCAAUGGGGGUUGAAUAUUUUGAUCUGUACCUGAUGCACUGGCCUGAGUCAUUAAAAGUCGGCAGUUCUAACAGAGAGAUUAGAGCUGAGACGUGGAGAGCUCUGGAGGAUCUCUAUAAAGAAGGGGUUUGUCAUGCCAUUGGGGUGAGCAACUUUCUGGUCCGCCACCUGGAGCAGCUGAAGGAAGACUGCAAUGUGGUGCCACAUGUUAACCAGGUGGAGUAUCAUCCUUUCCAACAGCCAAAUCGUUUGAUGGAAUACUGUCAGAAGGAUGGGAUAGUGUUUGAAGGCUACAGUCCCCUGGCUAAGGGUCAAGUCCUCAGCGAUCCUGUUGUACAACAAAUAGCAAAAAAACACAGACGAACAGCAGCUCAGAUUUGCAUUCGUUGGAGCAUUCAGAAUGGAGUUGUCACUAUACCAAAGUCCAUCAAAAAGAACAGGAUACAGGAAAACUGUCAAGUGUUUGGGUUCCAGCUAGACGAGGAAGACAUGGUCGCUUUAGGAAAUUUACAUGACGGACGGCACGUAACUUGGGAUCCCACAAAUGUGGAAUAAAAUGUGCUGAGAAACAAAAGGAAAACAAAUCUCGGUAAUAGCUUUGAUUGUGAUUUGCUGAGUGAAGAGGGGUUUUUUUUUUUUUUUUGUAUCAUGUGCAAAAGUUUAGGCAGACAGUGAUGUGAAGUCCUUUCAAGUAACUUCACCGGACAAACCACCUGGUAACUCUUAGUGUGAUCAUCGUAGAUUUGACAGAUUUUUGUAGUUUUAGCACCAAAUUAAGAUAGGCUUUAAAGGGUUUAAUAUUUAAAACUGAUGAUGAAUAUACUUGCAUUUUUUAAUGUUUUUAUUUCCUGCUGGUUAUCUACAAUUAUAUAUUUGUUGUCACCAAAUUAACAAAAUUUUAGACCAAAUCUUAAUUAUGGGCUUAAAUUUAAUGUAAGGACACAGGGGCGUUUUUAGGGUCUUGAAACAUUGGGGGCUUUAGCCCAGACCCAAAAUAUUUUAAUUUUCAUAGGACAGCAGCCAAGUCAUUUAAAGUUAAAAUAAGAUAGGACAUGUUGUACCAGUUCUAUGUCUAGGCCAGGUUUUGAUUGAAUGUAAAUUAUUUUGAGUCAAACAAAGAAGGUUUACAAUAAUUGUUCUUGGGUUUUUAUUCUCAUCUUUGUUAGAAGCUGAAUGAAGGAGAAACAGAGUUUAGGAUUGAUUAAAAACAUUUUGCAGAUAAUGACAGAUUUUGUUGUAUUGAGAAGUUUUUUUUGCUGACAAAAUGUGUUCUUAAACUCAGAGAUAUUUAUUAUGGGCCAAAUAAAUGUGCUUCUUUUCUCAUCUAUGUAAAUAACCUUUUUAAACAAACUCCUGUGGCUCAAUGGUCUUAAUUUGUUACAUUUCAAAAAAGGAAAUUGGUAUAAAUUUGAUUCAUUUAAAACUUAGUCAAACGGUAAGAUCCUUAAAACACAUUUAAUUAUGCGGAGAGCUUUCCAAACAUUUCAUUAAAAUUGUUCCUUCAUUCAUGAA